AUGGCGCACGGACCAGUGCAUGUACCAGCGGUAUUCAUUGCUUCAGUCUACUCGUUUAUCGCAUUUUGCUCGUCUGUUUUUGUCGUUUUUGCAGCAUUUGAAACAGUAAACGCCGACAAUGUCUUUAGUGCAAGCCACACGGCGACUGUCCCCAUCGCUGCCGCUCGGGAUCUACGGUACCUCCUGUAUGACGUGAACCCACCAGAGGGGUUCAAUCUGCGGAGAGAUGUCUAUAUCCGCAUGGCCUCCCUGGUAAAGACUUUGAGGAAGGAGGGGGAUGACUGGGUAUUGGUGUUGCCCCCAUGGGGUCGCCUCUACCACUGGCAGAGCUCCAAUAUCCACCAGAUUCGCAUCCCAUGGGGAGAAUUCUUCAGCCUCACAAGCCUGCAGGCCAAUGUGCCUGUCAUAGAGUAUGAGGAAUUCAUUGCUGAGAACGGAGGUCCAUUCAUAGACCAGGUUCUAGUACUUCAAAACUACGCUGAGGGAUGGGCUGAUGGAAAAUGGGAGGAAAAAGUUGACGAGCGGCCGUGCAUCGACAAGUUGAUGUACUCCAAAGAUAAACAUGGCUACUACAGGGGCUGGUUUUGGGGCUAUGAGGAGACAAGAGCUCGAAAUGUAACGUGCAUAUCAGCACAAGGCCAUGCCUCCAUCAUGGCCCCGGUUCUCCAGAAAAACAUCACAGUGACGUCUGUUAUGCUUGACCGAGCAGAGACACUCCUCCAUGAUCACUAUGCUGGGAAGGAUUACUGGGAUACGCGCCGCAGUAUGGUUUUUGCCAAGCACCUGAGACUUAUUGGAGAUGACUUCAGAGCAAAAAACUUGAACUCUACAGAUGACAGAGACCAUACUGUUUACAGUGAAGACUGGACUCGCAUGAAAGUCAAGCUGGGCUUAGCUAAAGGUGGCCCAUAUCUGGGAGUCCACCUACGCAGGAAGGACUUCAUCUGGGGUCACAGGGAGGAUGUACCCAGCCUUAAAGGGGCAGUGAAAAAAAUGCGCAGCUUGAUGAAGAAGCACAAACUCGACAAAGUGUUUGUCGCUACAGAUGCAGACGAGGAAGAAUUAAAGGAGCUGAAAAGGUUGUUGCCAGACAUGGUGCGGUAUGAGCCAUCCACAGAAGACCUGGAGCUCUUUAAAGAUGGAGGGGUGGCCAUCAUUGACCAGUGGAUAUGUGCCCAUGCCAGAUUCUUCAUAGGAACGUCAGUGUCCACCUUCUCUUUCCGGAUUCAUGAAGAGAGGGAGAUCCUGGGCUUUGACCCUAAAACUACAUACAAUCGUUUCUGUGGGGACACUGAAAAAGAAUGUGAACAGCCCACACACUGGAAAAUAGUUUACUGAUGUGACCUCUCACUUUCCUGACACACACAAGUGCCAAAAGCUGUGUUUAAAGUGACAUUUAUUUCUAUGGAAUAUAUAUUUUAAUGGCUGUAUUUUAUGGUGUAUUUUUUACGUUUUAUGGUUUCAGAGUUGUGCAAUCAGGUCCCGUAGUGACCACUGUGACUGAACCUCCAAAGGCCACGACAGGGCUGCCAAACACAUAUUACUGUUAUGUUCAACAAGUAAAUCUGCGGAUAUAUUUUUAGGUUGUAUGUUGAAUAAUAAUAAUGAUUUCUGAUAUUUAUGACCAGCACCACUGGUGAGAAAGUAUCUAGGAAUGGCUGUGGCAGAAAGGAAGUAUUCUCAGUUUAACAUUUUGUGAGAUUGAAAGAUGUUGAGCAUCUAAACUUUGUUAUUUUUUAAAUAUCUGAUUUUGUUUUCAAAAAUAAGAUAAGAUAAUCCUUUAUUGAGGAUUAAAAAAUAACACCAGAUAAGAAUCAAAGGGCAUUCAGAGAUCAUAAACAUACUGUGAAGAUGAUGUUUUUAAUUAGUAAAGGGACUCUUUGGAGUUUUUUUUGUAAAUAAGUAAAGGUUUGUUUACAUUUCCGUGUUUCUUACCAAAAAGCAAAGCACAUGUUGAAUGAAUUUCCUUCCUCAGACAUUUGCAGCCGUUAUUUUUGAAGUACUCUGAAACCUACAGUGUUUUAAUUCAUGUUUGCUUGCAGUCUUACAGUCUUAGCUUAGUUUCGUAGCGUUACUGCCACUAACUGUUGAUCAGUGGAUUAGCAUUAAACCUGCUAGAGUAAUGUGAAUUGCAUCGCCACACUCUAAAGCACAUGCUUCUUUGUGCCUUUGCUCGAGAUCCACAUGAAAAGUGGAUCAGCUCACAAAAACAUUGCUGCACAGCACAGUUAGUGGCCAAAAACUCCACAGGGUGCCUUUAAGAAUAGAAAACAGAAAGAAGCGAAUGAUUCCCAGCUCACAAAUUGUUAAAAUGAGGUGCAUCUUUGCCUCUGCUUUCAUUGUAUUUCAGUAUUUGAGUGACAUGACUUUCCUCCCUUAUUUCAUAUCUUAUGCAGUGCCAGUAUUAACAUUUGUUACAUGGGACUACAGUACAAAUGAUAUUAAAGAAGUAUGACAGGCUUUGUAAAUAACAAUAUCACAAUGAAGUUUAAUGCUGCUUAAAUCUGUCAGCCUUUUUUUCUGUAAGCUAUAGAUUAUAUAUUGUUCAUUUGGCAUCAACCAUAAUAGUGUUGCUAUAACCACUGAAAGGAAUUCAAAUGCCACAAAGGAGCCAGUGUGUCUUGUCAACACUAGCCAGCUUUAAAGCUGCUGUCUUUUUUCAUUGUUGAGGAUGCCCAUCUGAUUACUGGUAUGAACAUUAUCUCCUCACCGUCUUUGUACAGCAAGAAUUUUAGUGUUGAAUAAAAGAUUUUAGCACACUCUAAA